UCAAAACGUACAAACUCAUACGUGAAGUGCAAUUGUACAAUUCGUUAAUAUUUGUACGCAUGCAAUGUUACUAUUGCGUACCAUUUGGACGCAAGGUAUGCGCUUAAAACGUACAUUAUUUUACGCUCCCGUAACUUGAAAUGCGUAUCAACAGUUACGCAUUCCACCCGUUGCAAUUUAAGCGCGAAUUUCAGGCAGUUAUCAAUUAAUUUACUUAUCUAUCCGUCGGUAUUUAAACUGACACUUUGUGGUGCCUUUAUUUAAAAGAAUUAACUUGACAGAUCUUUCACUGCCAUGUCAAAUUUAAAAGUAUUUUUGUGGGUUCCACACCGGACGCACAACGCCGCGUCGCCUCUUGAGCAUCAGAACUGUAAGAAGGAGAACCUCCGCCAGACGCCGAAAAUGGAAAACAAACUUCAGUAAAACUUCGUUGUGUGUACCAUUAUAUAACCGAUGUGUUCCAAUUUUGAAACAUGGCGUGAUGCGCGCCCGGUGUGCGAAACGUAUAAAUCUUGAAAUUUAAAAUCCGGGAUAUUUUCUCCCUUUACAGGAAGGAUAAAUGUGAUAUGCAAGUCGCCAUAAAAUUAUAAGAGAAACUUGAUAUGUAAAGUUAGACCUAUAAGUUUUUUAACCGAAUGUCCGCAGUUGCCCCCGGACAAUUUAUCGGCCGCACCCUGGGUGUUUAUUAGAUUGAUAUAGUGUGGUAAUUUAGAUUAUACGUUAUUUUCCCCAAUCUCUGGACCAUACUCCAACACAGUAGGUGGCGAUAAUGCACCUUUACGUUGGUGCCAUCCGCCAUAAAACCGAGGAGAAGAACUUAAAUUACACAUUUCUGUUAGUUUUCCUUCUCUGCCUCUAUACUCUGGUCAUUUACACUGUCUUUGCAUUAACGUUGGUUAUCAUAACUAUGACUUCUUGUGAUAAAGAUCAAUUAGAUGAACUGCUUAAAAAAGGCCAGGCAGUUACUGCAACGCUCAAUCGUAUUGACGAUAUAAAUCAAAUGGAUGGCCUGAUUAAAAAAGGGCAAACUGAUGCUGCAAAGCUCAGCCAAGACUACUGCAGAACUGAGCUGGAUGAACUUCUGAAACAAGGUCAAACGAUUAUUCAAAACCUCAGCCAUGACGGUCCCAAAGUUCGACUGGACGAGGUCCUAAAUCAAAGCAGAGAGCUUAUUAAACAGCUGAACCAGAAUGACCAUAUUGUCCAUCCAGUUUCGGCAAAGAAAAAUUCAAGAAAGUCCACUUAUAAAGUAAGGUCAAGAAAGAGAGAUAAACCCAUGUUUGUGAAUAAAUCCAGACAAAUCCCCAAGCCAUCUAUAUCCACCCAUCAUGAUUUAGAGGCUAAUAAAUCAAAGACAAAGCCAACAGUUCAGCAAGGAUUUCGUCAGCAAGAUCAUGAAACCCUUCUGCAUGAAUUGCAAGACAUGUUGUCAAGCAUUGGUGAUAACUUUCACUCGGAGAACACCUCAGCAUCGUUAGAUUGGGGAACGAGGGCCGUAUAUUCAUCUGAAAAAUGGAAGGAGGCUAGACCAUCUUUAAUAAGCAACAUGCUUGCGACAGAGCACAUCAUACCCCAUAUUUGCCAAAAGUGCAAGGCAAAUGAGGCAGUGUUUAAGUGCAGAGAAUGUUUUCCAAUGCAGUACAUUUGUAUGGAGUGCGACAUUGUUGUGCACAGUACACAUGUGUUUCACAACAGAAGCUCUAUGAUUGCUGGAUUCCACAUGGCAGUAGCUCCCACUACAGUGAUGAAGCAGGACCCUGAUGGGCGAUACUUUCAUCAUCAUGAUUCUCGACUUUUACCAAUGGCGCUACCAGUUUCCAUCUGCCAGUGUGGAGAGAAAAAGUACAGUGUUGGAAAAGGAAGGUCCAUUACUGUUAUCAACAUGAAAGGUCGCUAUGAUCUUUCAAUACCCCGGCUUUACUGUGAAAGAUGCCAAGAAAAUUGGGUACCGGGUUUGAGAGAAGUUCAGGAUACUGGCUACUGGCCUGGCACAAUUAAUUUCAGCACACUUUAUGAUUUUGAAGUAUUCCUGUCCUUUGAGGAUUUGAAAAUGGCUGCCCCUGGAUUGUCUCGUUUAGCAUUCAUUAGAAUGCUUGACAUGAAGACGGCACACUAUGGCAGGAGUGGAAAUCUGUGUGGGGAUGCUUUUUACAAGAGCUUUCUUGAGUGGUCUAUCUGUCGAUAUGAAGUUGACAAGAUCUGUGGCACACAACAUUUCAAGUGUACUGCUUGCACCCCUCUCAUGCUACCAGUUGCAGUCGAUGGCAACCGCAAACUUCACCGCUUCAAAAAGGCUGGAAAUUCAAAGGAAUCUGGCUACUUUGAUGGAGUGUUCCUCUGCAAGGAUGAAGAUGUUUCCUUGUUUGUUGAUGAUAUCCGCAAAAAAGUACCACAUGCACCUGGGAAAGGUGUCUGUGGAUCUGCAGAGUUUGCAGCUGCUAAAGAGUCUUCAAGAAAGAGCAGCAGUAGAUUAGAUGAGGAGGGAAUUGAGGUGGCUGUCUGCAGGCAUGGUGUUCUUUUGAGAGCACUGAAUAUGUUCAGAGGAGAGAUAUAUGCAUAUCCAUUGUAUCUGCAUAAGGAGCUUUGCACUGAAAAUGUCACAUUUUUCUGUGCUGACAUAAUGUGUAAAUACUGGCCCUACUUGAUCAAAGUGUGCAGGGUCUGCCCGGAACUAAGGAACCUUCUCCAUCAAAAGCCAUUCCUCUCAGUCAUGCAUGCUAAAGUACAUGGAAUAAAAUGUGAGAUCAAAUGGAGUGGUAGCUAUCAAACUGGUGCUGCCUAUACCAUGGGAGAGGAAGUGGAGCAGGCAAAUAGCUUUUUGUCAAGGAUUGCUAUAAGCACAAAGUUCAUGUCUAAAGCCGGUCGUACAGACAUGCUCACACUGCAGUGCAUUGGGUGGAACAAAAUCAAAGUCCAAAACAUGUGCAAAACUCUUUGCACAAGACAUAGGAAGACUCGGCAGAAUCUCGAAAAGGAGAAAGAAAGCCUUGAGGACAUGAAAAGUGAACUGGCCGUGGAUAAUGAAGUCAUUAAGCAGUGGGUCACAGAAGUGCAGGAGUGGGCCCACACUGCAACAUCUGGGGACAACGAUGUUCCUGUCGAACCAUAAAUGAACACGAUUGAGGAGAUGGCUGUCAGCAUCAAACAACGACGUCAUCAUCUUUACAAACACACCGCCACAAACAAAGGGAGAAACAAGAUAAGAAGAAAAAUCGAUUUGGAGAAAAAAAAGCUGGCUACUGCAAUUGAACAGCAUAAUGCUCUUGUUGACCCUUUGUUGAAGAUUGUGUCCAUUGAAGAUGUUCUCGAAACGGAUUAUGUUUUUCCAUGGCAGGUGUCAAGGCAAGACUCUGUCAAUCUCUUAACAAAGAAGAAGGUUUUUGACAAGGUCAUGCUAAUUCAGCGACUGGAGGAGGAACAGGUCAUUCUUGUCCAAGAUGCAAAACAACACUGGCUUUCUAUGCAAAGUCGGCAGGACAAGAUGACCAGUUUGCUUGACACAAUCAACGCUGGUGGAAACCCUUGGAAUCUUUCAGAAGAGGGGAUUCAAGGGCUUCACUGUAUGUUGCAGAGACGACUAGACCAGCUUACAGCUCACCGGGACACUCUAAAAAAGAGCUAUCAAAUGAUAGACAACAUGACAACUUGCAGUACUGUGGAAGAUGAAUACGUAAGCUGUCUGGAAGACCAUCUUUCCAGCAGUACUGAUCAGAGCUCUGAUGAAGAUGAUACAUCUGUUUAUUAGCAAUGUGUGUUAACAUUGUGUGUGUGGGUGUGAGCAUGUGCGUUCAUCUAUGUUUGUUAGUUUGAGGCAUGAGAAAAAAUAAAUAUUAAAUAGAUAUUUAACAAUUCUA